GUUGCGUCUUGUAACAAACCAAAUAUCGACAGAAACUUAUUUACAUAAAAUUGCAUCGUAUAUAGCAUCUUAAUAUGAGUAGAAGAGAUGAAAUGAAUGAAGAAGGGAAGUUAGGCAGAAGAACAGGUUCUAAUUUUUUCACAAAGAAAAUGAUUUUGGUUCCGAUUUUUACUAUUAAAUAUGAGUACUGAAGUAGUACUGAGGUACUGAAGUUAAGUACAAGAAGUAAGUAAGUUAUGUUAUGUUUUUUUACAAAGAAAAUUAUUUUUGUUCAAUAUUAUUUACUAUUUAAUAAAAAAUAUUUCGCUUUCUAAUACUUUUUGUGAUUUUUAUAUAACCUCCUUAACCGGACUACUGAUACCAAAAAAGUCACAUAAGUUCGGUUUGACGUCAUAACCGUACUAAUGAGACUUUUUUGGUAUCAGUAGUUCGGGGCCGGACAAAACAACCGUACUACUGAGACUAGAGGAAGAGGUUAAAACUGUAUGGUGCUGAGCGGUUUAUAUGGGACCCAAAAGAUAAAGAACAUAAACACAAAAUAAACGAUGCGUGGAAGCUUGGGAUAUAUUCCUGUCGAAGAUUCCAUGAAGACUGCAGCAAUUGUCAACGAGAUAUUGCAAUCCAUUGGUUCGCUUACGACACCAUGGAAAAGAUAUUGGGGAAUCUUUAUGAUGGUGAGCAAUUUGAUUAUCUAUAAAGACUUAAUUACCAACAACAGUGAUAAAACAUUAGAAAGUCAUGUAGUACAAAAACUUCAAGACUUCGGAGUUCUACCAAGACAUGUGAAAUGUCCAUCUGCAAAACCGGAUUGUCAUAUUGUCAGCAAAUCUGCUAGAGUUAUUGACAGGGUGCAAUGGGUAUGUGAAGGCUGUGGGAAGAGGCUUCCAAUUCGGACGGGGUCCUUCUUCCUGAGACUCCAGUGCUCCAUCCUGCAAGCUCUGCAGAUCAUCUUGGCGUGGUGUGACGAUGUUGAACCGGAAUUUGCUGCACAGCAUUUUGGUGUAAAACCAAGAGUAGCCAGCAUGAUAUGCGACAGGCUAGACGAGCUGGCGGUGAAAGAGCAAGGCAAGAGCAAGCUCGGUGGAGACGGCAGCGUAGUGGUCACUGAACUGUACCCGGAUUGUCUUACAAGGCUGUCCCCGGACACAACCGACCGUCCCCACGUGCACAGGAUACUCAUGUUGGCUGAUACUAAGCAUGUGCCAACACAAUACCAGCUCCACGUCAUAAGAGACGACCUGAAGAAAAGUUCUGCUAAUAUAGACGACCAGAUGCUAGCCAAGGAAGUGGAAGAGGCAUUACAGCGCAUGACAGAACCUGACUCGAUGUUGGUGACGGGCAAUAACGUGCCGCCGGUAGAGGGCGCUUCUACAUUGCAGCAGCUCACACAGUACUGUGAUGUGGAUAUGCAACACUUUUUAUCAUCCCGCAUCUGGCGACAAGCGCUGACGCUGUGCGUCGAAUCCCGCGACCUGUGUUCGGGUUGCGACCGCAGCGUGUGCGCGGGCGCAGUACAGAGGUACUUGAUGACGUCAUUGUUCCGCUUCCGUCACGCAGACGACUUGUUCCGUAGUGUCUUGGGAUAUCUGGCCGCUGAGUAUACUGACCACUGAUAAUGUGUCACGUCAGAUAUUUAUAAUGUUAUUGCGGUUCCGCAGGUAUUUUUUAGGAUUGCAGUUUCUCUGGACGGUAAUGCUCGAAUUGAAUAUGUAAUAGUGGACGCAACCAUUUUUGUCUCGCACUGUUCUGCUUGAAUUAUCCCAAGAAAAGUUGUUUUCGUAACAUCGUUGCGUCCAUUCCUUUGGAAUGACAUCGGCGUCAUUUACGCAGUUUAGUAAUCCUAACUAAAAUUCGGAUUUACGCAAAAGCAAGAUGCCAUCCCAUUAUUUUUGUGAUUUUAUUUGGAGCGGUGUAGAUGAAGUAACAAAAAAUGUCCGAGCACGAAAUAUAUUUGCAAACCAGUUUGUAGUGCCCUAAAAAGUCUGAGACCCGAUAAGGUAGGGCUAUUUGAAAAGUGGAAUUUUCCGUCGAAUCCCAUGUUUUGAAUCAUCCCCCUCAGUAUUCGUUGCGGUGUGAAUUAAACCCAGUAUUUGCCGUAGAUGGCAUUGACUACUUGGCCGGACAAAGCCGGCCGGUUAAGAGUCAUCGGCACAGAAAAUUUUGGUAAACAAUGGCGGUCAAUGGCCAUUAUGUUAAUAUUUGAAUCCAUUUAUUUGAAGAUUGACAUAUUUGGAUCUCAAAACUUUGUUUCACAAUAAAUUGAUAUUUACAAAUGAUAUUAUUGAAAUGAAAGUCGUAUUUUGUAUUUGUAGAAAUAUAUAAAUAGGAAUAUGAUCACUCAUUGGUCACAUCUUGACAGACGAUGUUAACAAUAUGAAAACUAGUGCCUUAUACACGGUCUUCCAAGUACCUUUAUAAUUUCAAAGUGUUUUUAUAGUUAUUAUAUAAAGUAUUUCUGUUAAUUGGUCAAGUUGUAGUAGUAUUAAGUUUAUGUCAAUAGUUAUUUUUAAGACUGACAAAUAUGAUAUUUUGUUAUCAAAGUUUUGUUUAACAGUGGUUAUAAUGUAGAAAUACCAUAUAACUACAUAUGUAUUACAGAUGUAAGUUAAGUAUGUUCGACAUAACCUCUUUCUUUUUGAAGUCGGUUAAAAAUGUGAGGACUAGCUGACAGGUUAAAUUGCCGGUUUUAUUUUUGUUUUGUGUGAAGUUUACAUCUACAAACAUUUACUAUAGUUUUAUGGAUGUUAAGUUUUUUUAGUUAAUACACAGUUCAUUUCAAUUAUUUACAGAAGUCUUCCUUGAGUAAUAAAUGAUAUACAACAGCAGAUAUUUUUAUGGAUAUUGUAUAAUACUUUGAUUACUUAUUAACUUUGAUUGUUUCAAAAGCGUUGUUAUCAUUUGAUUUAAUUGUAUUAGUUUUAAGAAUGCACAAUAAUAAAUUUCGAAAUAUAUAUUCUCUGAAAUUAUCUUUUAGUA